AUGAAGCUCCUUUUCCUUCUCUUGGGUGUUACCACCUUGGUCUUCCAGGCCCAGGCUCAGGACGUGGUCGUGGCACAGGAUGAAGCUGAACCACAGGAUCUGGGUGAGAUGGAAGAGGAAGCUGAGACCGAGGUCAUGGAAGCAGAGGAUGCCACUGGUAUGGACUUUCCAGGUCCUAAGUUAGGGGAAUCUCCAGCCCACUGCAGAUGGAAGCGUGGUGUUUGCCGGCGCACUCACUGUAAGAGGAAUGACCGUAAUUGCCGUCACACUCCCUGCAAGCCGGCGGAACGUAUAAUUGGAUGGUGUUUAUCUACUUAUGUGUGCUGUAGAAAAGCUUACCUGUGA